GGGGCCCAGCGCCCCGGACCCAGCCGGCCCCACCCGAGCCAGUGCCACGCGCGGCGGCGGACAUGCGGGGACCCUCUCAGGCGAACAUUUAAUCCCGCUGACAAACGAGGGGUCUAGGCCCAGAGGCCCAGUGACUUGACCAAGGUCUCCACGAGAAGGUGGCAGCACUGGGGUGUCCCUUCUCAAGCCUGUGCCGACUGACACCUGCAGUGCCCAUGUGUGUGACCCGACAGCAGUUCCACCAGCUGGCACAGGAGUGGCCUUGACAGUAACCACUUCCUCCAAGUUGAAUCUUAGCCCUCUCGGGGUUUGGUUCCGGACAUUGUGCUCUGCACGGCCCGGCCGCGCCCCCGGUCUUCCUCCCUGUGUCAUUGCGGAGACGAUGGCAAAGCUGCAGGGCUUCGAGUUCUGGAGCCGCACCCUGGGGGGGGCCCGCCACGUGGUGGCCCCCAUGGUGGACCAAAGCGAGCUGGCCUGGAGGCUGCUGAGCCGCCGCCACGGGGCGCAGCUGUGCUACACCCCCAUGCUGCACGCCCAGGUCUUCGUCCGCGAUGCCAACUACCGGAAGGAAAACCUAUACUGCGAAGUGUGCCCUGAGGACCGGCCCCUCAUUGUGCAGUUCUGUGCCAAUGACCCAGAGGUGUUUGUCCAGGCGGCUCUCCUGGCGCAGGAUCACUGCGACGCCAUCGACCUGAACUUGGGCUGCCCGCAGAUGAUAGCCAAGAGAGGUCACUAUGGUGCCUUCCUGCAGGAAGAGUGGGACCUGCUCCAAAGAAUGAUUCUGCUGGCCCAUGAGAAGCUCUCUGUUCCUGUCACGUGCAAAAUCCGUGUCUUCCCAGAGAUUGAGAAGACGGUGCGGUACGCCCAGAUGUUGGAGAAGGCCGGCUGCCAGGUGCACAUCUCAAGACACUUACCUUCUGGGGAUGGACAGGAAUCUAGUGACCUGAAGUUGCUGACCGUGCACGGACGCACAAAGGAGCAGAGGGGGCCCCUGUCGGGCGCAGCAUCCUGGGAACACAUCAAGGCCGUGCGGAAGGCUGUGGCCAUCCCUGUGUUUGCCAACGGGAACAUCCAGUGUCUGCAGGAUGUGGAGCGGUGCCUGCGGGACACGGGCGUGCAGGGGGUGAUGAGUGCAGAGGGCAACCUGCACAACCCCGCCCUGUUCGAGGGCCGGAGCCCUGCUGUGUGGGAGCUGGCGGAGGAGUACCUGGACCUGGUGCGCCAGCACCCCUGCCCGCUGUCCUACGUCCGGGCCCACCUCUUCAAGCUAUGGCACCACACGCUGCAGGUGCACCAGCAGCUUCGAGAGGAGCUGGCCAAAGUGAAGACCCUGGAGGGCGUUGCCGCCGUGAACCGGGAGCUGAAGCUGCGCUGUCAGGCGGAGAUGUCCAGGCAGCAGGGAGAGAAGCCCACCAGUGACCUGCCGUUCUCCCACUGGAUCUGCCAGCCCUACGUCCGGCCAGGGCCCCGGGAGGGGAGCAGGAACGCUGGGGCUUGCAGUAAGCGGGCCCUGGAGGAGGAGGAGGAGGGCAGCACGGAAGUCCUGUCCAAGAACAAGCAAAAGAAGCAGCUGAGGAACCCCCACAAGACCUUCGACCCAUCUCUGAAGCCAAAAUAUGCCAAGUGUGACCAAUGUGGAAACCCAAAAGGCAACAGGUGUGUGUUCAAUCUGUGCCGCGGCUGCUGUAAGAAGCGGGCCUUUAAAGAGACCGCGGAUUGCCCAGGUCACGGAUUGCUUUUUAAAACCAAAUUGGAGAAGUCUCUGGCCUGCAAAGGGGCCCAGCUUGGCCUGCAGGAGCCUCAGCAGCCUGGGCCUGGGGCACCACCAGGUGGCUUCUCUGAAGUCACGGGCAGUGCCCUGGCCUGAGGGCCAGCAGGACCUGCCCCCACCCGGAACUGCUGCUGGAGCCUGGACACGUCCUGCUUAAGGAAACGCCUUUUUCUCAGGGAAUCUCCUGCUAUUUAACGUGGAAGGACAUGCCGAUGUCCUCCCCUCAGCCUGUGCUGGGGCCUGGAAAUGCUGCAGCUGGGAGCAGGCCUCAGGCUAGACCUGCCCUGUCCUCACGACUUUGUGUUCUCAAAACUUGUGUUCUCAAAACGUGAACAAUAAAUCAUUUCAAAGGUGC